GUAGCCCCUUGACAGCUCCGGAGGACUUUUCUCACAACAUGUUUUGAAUUAUGUUAAAAUAUUAUAAUUUCUAACUCGUUUUGUAAGGCAAAAUGUUGCCGAACUUGUUCGAAUAUAGCAGCGGCGCUGUUCUGUUAGAAAGCAGUGAAUAUGGGUUUGUCCUGUACACACACAAGCACAUUUACAGAAGGCUCAGUAUGUGUUUGUCACUCCAGUGCAAAUGUUUUUAGCAACUUGCUAAGCUAAAUUAUUCGAUUAUUAUUAUUGAUUACACGCAGCCAAGAAUGGCGAGGAAGAAGAAAGAAAAUAAAUCGGCAGAGUUUACAUUAUGUAUGGAGUCUGAAAAUGGCAGGCAGCAAGCACAAGUUCCUGGUGUCAGAGCCGUGUCCCAGUCUAAGUGGCAAAACUGGAUAAAGAAAGUGACUCUAUUAGUACCCUACAUGUGGCCCAGGUCAAGCAUGCCACUACAAGCCCUCGUGUUCCUGUGUAUUUGCCUCCUGGGCCUGGAGCGGAUCAUCAAUGUGUUUGUGCCCAUCUUAAACAGGAACAUAGUAAACCAACUAUCAGAAAAGGAGAGUUGGAGAAGCCUAGCAACCACUGUUUGUAUCUACGUCCUUCUCAAGUUCCUACAGGGUGGGGGAGCAGGGACAACAGGCUUUGUCAGUAACAUGCGUUCUUUCCUGUGGACACGCGUUCAGCAGAACACCAGUCGCACAGUGCAGCUGGAGUUGUUUGCCCACUUGCAUGCCCUGUCUCUGCGCUGGCACCUUGGCAGAAAAACCGGUGACGUCCUGCGCAGCAUUGACCGGGGCACAGCCUCCGUCAGCCACCUUUUAGACUAUAUUGUAUUCACAAUGCUGCCAACUGUAGCUGACAUUGUUAUUGCCAUCAUUUAUUUUGUCUCUUAUUUUAAUGCCUGGUUCGGCCUCAUCAUCUUUAUCUGCAUGUUUCUCUACCUCACACUGACAAUAAUAAUCACAGAGUGGAGAACCAAGUAUAGACGUGAUAUGAACAUGCAGGACAACAAUGCCAAGUCCAAAGCAGUAGACUCACUUCUCAAUUUUGAAACUGUAAAGUACUACACCUCUGAAAGUUAUGAAGUCAAGCGUUUUGAUGAUGCUAUCUUAAAAUAUCAGUCCUCAGAGUGGAAGACAAAUGCUUCCCUGGCCCUGCUAAACCAAACUCAAAACUUGAUCAUCGGCUCUGGCCUGCUUGCCGGAUCUCUGCUGUGCGCAUACCUUGUCACAGUGGACCAGUUCCAGGUUGGGGACUAUGUUCUGUUUGGGACCUACAUUAUCCAGCUUUAUAUGCCUCUCAACUGGUUCGGCACAUACUACAGAAUGAUCCAGGCUGCUUUUGUAGAUAUGGAGAACAUGCUUGAGCUGCUAACUGAGGAGAAAGAGGUGAAAGAUGAUAUCGAUGCAGUAGAUCUGCUUUGUCCUCAAGGGAGAGUUGAUUUUCAAAAUGUAUGUUUUCGGUACACUGCAGGGAAGGAAAUUCUAAGAAAUGUAUCAUUCACCGUGAUGCCUGGUCAAACUGUAGCACUGGUCGGACAGUCAGGGUCAGGCAAAAGCACCAUCAUCCGACUGCUUUUCCGUUUUUAUGAUGUGCAAGCAGGCUGCAUCCUUGUCGAUGAUCAGGACAUCUCAAAGGUGAAACAGAGCUCACUCCGCUUUUACAUCGGGGUGGUCCCUCAAGAUACCGUUCUCUUUAAUGACAACAUCCGGGAGAACAUCCGUUACGGAAGAAUCAGUGCCACUGACUCGGAAGUGGAAGAGGCCGCGUUGGCUGCCGACAUCCACCAUAGAAUCUUGUCCCUUCCAAAUGGAUAUGACACUCAGGUGGGGGAGAGAGGCCUUAAGCUAAGUGGUGGUGAAAAACAGAGAGUGGCCAUCGCUCGCACCAUCCUCAAAGGCCCCAGAAUCAUCCUGCUAGACGAGGCCACAUCUGCUUUGGACACACAAACAGAGCGCAACAUCCAGGCUUCACUUACCAGAGUGUGUGCCAGCAGGACAACUAUUGCGGUGGCACACAGAUUAUCCACUAUAAUUGCAGCAGACCUGAUUCUGGUUCUGCAUGAAGGCCAGAUUGUAGAGCGUGGAAGGCACGAGGAGCUGCUGGCCAUGCAUGGACUGUACUCAGCCAUGUGGCAAAAACAACAACAACUGCAGGAUCUAGAACCAAGUGCUUCCUCAGAUGCAGAAACAAAAGAGCAGCAAAAUCAAGAAUGACUGAAUCCGAGGUAAAAGCGAAGGAUCCAAAAAACUAAAUAUUUCAUGUGACUUAGGAAAAAAACAAAUCCAAGGAUGUCUCUUGAUAAGGAUCCACUGUUAAGCAGCUAUUGUACCAAUUGUGUAUUGUGCUAAUUGUGACUUUAAAUUUUUGACACAUAUAACAUGCUUACUGUAAAUGUGAAGAUAUUUGCAUCACAUAAAACUCAAACCUGUGCUAUUGGGUGAUUUAGAUAUCUGUGCUUUCUCAGGGAACCCUUUUGAUUAUCUCACCUAACUGCUACCAUCAGCUAGAUACCUGUGAAUUGUCUAUGGUUUUUUGGUCUUAUACUAACAACCACAUUUGACUUGUUUGAGGUCAGGUGCAAUUCAGAUGGACAUUUGUUUGUCUACAGUGUAACUAGGAGCUUGAGAACCCUUGGCAAUGUUUUUGAUUUCUGCAUAUAUUUGACCCAAAAUGUGAUCUUAUCUUAAGUCUCAAAACUAGAUGUAAAUAACCCAAUUAAACAAAUGACACAAAAACAUUACUAUGUUUAAUACAUAUUUAUUUAUUUUAGCAAAAUUAUUCAAAAUUAAGUAUCUUUGUUGAGAGGACGAAUGGCAGAAUGAGCAUCAACCUAAUGUUUCUGGCAACUACUGAGCAAUCAAUCAUACAGUAUGGACUGGAGAAAUGGUGGCCCUUUGACAAACUCAAUCCAGAAAUGCUGGUGGGCUUUUUUCUCCAUAAACUGCUGUUUUUAGGUCCUUCCAAAACACUUCUGUUGGAUUAAGGUCUGUACAUUCCAACAAUGUAUUCCAUAAAUUUCUUUAACCAAUUCUUUGCGGACAUACUUGUAUUCAGCAUUACCCGAUUACAGUUAACCUUCAGUUCCUGGAAAGAUAUCCUGACAUUUCCCUAUUCUUCUUCCCUAUCCUGCCACGCACAUUGUUCUUGUUUAGUGUUUGCUGGAUUGUGGGUUCAUAAACAUUGACAUUACUCAUUACAAGAGUGGCCUGUAGAUUCUUGGAUAUUCCCCUGGGUUUCUUUGUAACUUUUUGUAAAACUAUUUGCCAUGGCUUUGAAUAGGUUUUUGUUGGACAAACACUUCUUGGAAGAGUAACAAGUGGUGCUGAAUUUCCUCCAUGUGUACGUCUUCUGCCUCACAGUAAAUUGGUGGAGUACAAAUUGUUUUGAACCUGUUCCAGACUGGUGAACUAAUUUCCUGAGCCUCUUAGGGAUCUCUUUUGAUUGAGCCAUGGCACAGGUUUACAAACCUGUGUGGUAAAGACAGGACUUUAAUAGUGAAGAGCAAAGUUUCUGUUCGUGAAUAAUGAGAGGCCCUGAUAAACUUAUUUUUGAUGACUAUCAAGGGAUAAAACCCUUGUCUUUAUUUACCUCUCAAAAUUAAGUCAUAGUCUGAAAUUUUUUUUCUCAACAAAAAUAUUUAAUGUUGGAUAAUUUAGAGAAACAAAAAAAAAAUACAACAAUUUAGAAUCAUUAGUUUAAUCUGGUUCCCUUUAUAUAGUUUUAGGACUUGGAUGAACAUCUGACCAAAUAUAAGGUCAAAUUUCUGAAAAAAAAAAUUGUAAAGGGUUUAUAAACUCUCUAGUGAGACUGUCCUUUAAGGGAUUGAAUGAGGAAAGGUGGAUGAUAAGUGAAUCUCUGAAUUUUGACUCAGAAAAUCACUGCUGCUGAUGUAAUAAAGCUCAACAUGUAUUGUU